AGUGCUGCUGAGGGAACGGGUGCUGCUAGCUACGGGCUGCACGCGCACACGCACAUCCAUGCAUACGGACCCCGACACUGACAUGGACACGGACACAGAGACUGCAGCACUCUGCCCCUCGGGCAGCCACCGGGCCUCCCCUCCCGGGACACCCACACCAGAAACAGAUGCCACUCUGCUGAAGAAGCCAGAGAAACUGCUGGCAGGGCUGGACCGGGGCGGGCCACCCCUUAUCCCAGGGGCCCCCAGACGAAGAGGCAGUAUGCCUGUUCCCUACAAGCACCUGCUGCGGCGGGCCCAGGCUGUAGAUGAGCUUGACUGGCCACCCCAGGCCUCCUCCUCUGGCUCCUCUGACUCCCUGGGCUCAGGGGAGGCAGCCCCCAACUCAAAGGAUGGCAUCUUCAAGGUCAUGCUGGUAGGGGAGAGCGGCGUGGGCAAGAGUACCCUGGCAGGCACUUUCGGCGGUCUCCAGGGAGACAGUACUCAUGACCCCGAGAACCCAGAGGACACCUAUGAGAGACGCAUCAUGGUGGAUAAGGAAGAAGUGACUCUCGUUGUGUAUGACAUCUGGGAACAGGGGGAUGCAGGGGGGUGGCUGCGGGACCACUGCCUUCAGACCGGAGAUGCCUUUCUCAUCGUCUUCUCAGUCACCGACCGACGAAGCUUCUCCAAAGUUCCAGAGACCCUACUAAGGCUCCGGGCUGGAAGGCCCCACCACGACUUGCCUGUCAUCCUUGUCGGCAACAAGAGCGACCUGGCCCGCUCCCGGGAGGUCUCACUGGAGGAGGGCCGCCACCUCGCCGGGACGUUAAGCUGCAAGCACAUCGAGACGUCGGCCGCGCUGCACCACAACACGCGGGAGCUCUUCGAGGGCGCAGUGCGCCAGAUUCGGCUGCGGCGGGACCGGAGCCGCACCGGGGCCCAGCGGCCGGAACAGGGCAGUCCCGAGGGCCCCGCGCCGCCCGCGCGCCGCGAGAGCCUCACCAAGAAGGCCAAGCGCUUCCUCGCCAACCUGGUGCCGCGCAACGCCAAGUUCUUCAAGCAGCGCUCCAGGUCGUGCCACGACCUCUCCGUGCUUUGAGCCGCGGUCGCCAUGGCCACCGCGGUCGCCAUGGUCACCGCGCCCUCCGCUCACCCUUCGCCCCGCCCCGCCCCCGUCCGGCUUCCUUUGUGGAGGCCGUCUAGGAAACCAAAAACUCCCAGGAUUCCCUGGUGUGACUGCGGGAGGCGGGUCGGUGGGCAUCGUCCCCCAUCACCACGGCGCGUUCUCUGAGUACCUCCGGGCCCCGGAGCUCCUAGAACGGAGAACGCGGACCUGCGGGCGGUGCGCUGCGGACGGUGGGCGGAGCGGGUUAUGGGGGAUCAAGAAAGAAAAAAGUUCUGCAAGGUAUUUUCUUUUUUUUUUUUAUUCACCCUUGGCCCCCUCUCCUGUUAAGAGAUUCUAAAAGCGAGAACUGAAGAAGUGAUUUGUAGACUUCCUUAUGGCGUUUUCCUCCUUUGUACUCUGCGCGAAAAUGUCUCCCCUUAAAGAGAUUCUUAAAGGUAAAGAGACACUGAGACCCUGCUCACAGACUUUCUGGCAGAAGUUCUGACUUUUCUGCCACACUUGUCCACUUUGCCUUUAAGAAAUUCUUAAAGGCAAGGACCUGGAAGCACUAUUUGAAAAUUGAUUCUGUGAUUUACCCUUACACCAUGGCACUUCCCCUUUAAGGUUAUUAAAGGUAAGGUGUGGACAGACUUUCUGCUUUCAGAGCCAGAUGUCAGGGCCCAGUAGCACCAGCAAGGGGCCACCCCCUCUCUUUUCA